AUUGUCAACUGUCAAUUAAUCUAAUUUGUGUCGAAUGAAAAUAAAAUAUGGUGUAUGAGUAAUAAAUUCCAUUAAAAUCCAAAAAAAGGAUUUUUCCAAAUGAAAUGCAACGUUCGAGAAGUCGCUCAGCUGAGCGAUCGACCUUGUGUAAUUGAAGGAAGAUUAAAUUACAAAAAGAUUACAAAUGGAAGCUACAGACAUCAAGCAAUUUUUAAGGAACGAUGGUUUCGGCUAAUUAACAACUAUUUAUUUUAUUUUAAAAUAAGUGAAAUGGGUAAAUUUGACACGAAAAACCCUGCUGGAGUAUUUGUAUUGGAAAACUCGUCAAUACAGAUGGAACAUGGCCAGAGCAUACCAUUCUCAUUCUCAAUUUCAUUUAUAGAUGAACCCGAAAAGAGGCAUGUAUUUGCUGCGCGAGCUGAGGAUAAUGUAGUAAAAUGGGUAAUCAGUUUACGGGAAUGCUCAUAUGAAUAUUUACGUAAUAGACUCCAUACUUUACAAUCCAAAAUAUUCUCAAUCACUGGCAAGGAUCCAUUAUUGUUGGUGCCUAGAAAUGAGGGUGCUUGUUUGUGGGCACCUGCUGUUCCUUUUUCAACAACACCUGCAUGCACAGUGAACACAAGCUCGUUUAGUUGUCAUCUCCACACUAACGGUGCAUUCACUCUUGAACGAAGCAAGUCAGAUGUUCAGGCCUACAAGCAUUGUCGUACAGAGUUCAUACAAAAAGCUACUUUCUAUACCAAUGAAUCAAAACCAAAAAGUGAAAAAGAUGAAGAAUGCACUUUUGCAUUAGGAAGAAGUAAAACCUCAGCUCUUCUUCCUGGGAGUGUAAAUCUAAUGGAUUCUAGUAUAUUUGACAAUCGGCCUUCAUACUCCAGAGCGGCGCCCAGUCCGCCCGUUCGUACUAAACUGUCACCAAAUAAUCGACGUGCUGAAUUAAACUAUGAUGUGAAAGUAUUUACUGAACAUGGAAGGCAUUUGAACACAACAGGAAUACUUGAUGACAUUCCUGUGCCACCCAGGAGAAAAAUAUCACCCAAACAUAUAGUGCCCAAUGACAAUGAUUCUAAUAGAGAACUACAGACAUCAAGUGAAGAUCUUAUUACGUUUUAAAAAAUGUUUUAUUUGCAAUAAGGUGUAUUGGAGCCAUUCCGAAAAUGAAAACAGAUUGUAGAGCUGUGUUCCUUGGUACAGUGGCAUAAAAAACUAAAUCAUAGAAUUAUAUUUCACUUUUUCGUUUGUAUUGAAGGUAAUCUUAGAUAUUUGAAGAAUGUCCGAUGCGCAGGAUGCACAUAUAUUACUGAGAGAAUGCAGAGCAGUUUUUGCCAACUGCUUUUCCGUUGUAGAAAUACCAACCAAUAAUAUUUUUGAUUACAUUCGACUCUUUUUACAUACCACCUCACAACACCCAACGUGUGGUGCUACGAUUCGGGGAUUCAAUACCUUGCUUCAAAAUGGGUAGUAAUACAUGGUUGUUUUACAUUCGGAAAAGGUGCCCAAACACCUAGAACUAAGUAAAAAUCCCACCUUUACAAAAAUGUGUAUAAUAUUUAUAGAGCAAAAUAUUAUAAAUAUAAAUCAAAGAAUAAAAUGAUAAAAUUUAGAUGUGUCGAUCGAAUACCGACCGAAUGACAUCUCUCGAUAAUUAUUGACCUGCAACGUCUCUACGUAAUCGAUGUGCAGACGACAGAAGGAAGAUCUAAUAAGUUGUAUCAAUAUUAUACUUUGAAUUACCUUUUUUUUUCAACUUUAUAGUCGGUUAUUUAGUCAAAAUGCAGUUUUCAUUCCAAAAAAGGUCUGUCAACGGUUCAACGACCGAAUUAUUUAACUUGUCAAACAACUUGCAAACGGUUACGAAGGAUGCAGAUUACGGGUGGACCGAUCGACAUGUCUCAUUUAGUAUGACUUGUGUACCAAUGUUGUUGUAUAGAAUAUAAAUUAGACUAUAGUAAAGAGAAUACUGGUCAAUGGCUACGGUAAUUAUUUUCUCUGUUUGUUCACUUGGACAAUUACAGGGGAUGUAGCCCAUACAACGGAGUAUUUUGUACCGAAAUUCUACCUCGGCCAUAGUUAACGGUCUAUCUUUACCUUCAAAAUAUUAUAUUUAAUUAAUAAUUAACCAGUGUAAUUAAGAGUGUAAAGAGUAUAUAAAUCAUUGAAUUUAAGACUGCUUUGUGAUAUUAGCAAUUUCAAAGAAGGCGUAAUAUAAAUUAAACAACGAUUAGUUUAUCUAAGCGAUAUGUUGCCUAUGAUGAAAAUAAUGGGUUAUAUGAAAUAUUUAAUUACGGUAUCAAUUAAUUUUACUCAAUGACUAUAAAGUAUGUCAAUAUUCAUUCUAAACAAAGGUCUAGCUUGUAUUACAUCACAGACGCCUUAAUCUAAUUAUUUUACGAGAUUGGAUCUUGAUAUGGUGCGGCGCUCUUCGUAAACAUACAGGGUGUCUCAGAAAGUAACGAUAACCUGAUAUCGGGGGAAAGACACUUAUGAUGAGCCAGUACAAAAAAAACCAGCCUUUUACACAGUUACACACUGUUACAGUUACUUAGAGUACCAAUUAUUCAUUAAACAAAAAAAUACGCAAAAAUCCAAAAUAUAA